AUGUCCGAAUAUGUUGUCAUUUACUGCAAGACCAGAGUAUCUGGCGCUGGUAAUGACACGGGAGGCUUAACGAGGAAGAAGAUUCGACGUCUCAGGUAUUACCUCAGCGGACCAUGGCUGGACGGCACAGUUCAAUCAUUCCACGGCGACGCGACCGAAAGACUUUCUAUCAGAUGUGAUGUUAUAGGUGGCAUCAUUCCGAUAUUCCAUGCAAUGAAGGAGCACUUCUUUCUGCACUGA